AAUCUUUUGUGCAGUCUCAGAUUGACUGUGUCUAUUUUGAUGAUGUUUAUUAGCUAUAAAGCAUCUUGCCAAAUAUUGGCAAAUAGCCUAGUAACCAAGGUCAAAGAAGGCGGUCAAGCUCAUUUGACACGUCUGUGGCGGGAUUAAGAUGCCGGAAUUGAGUAGAGAAGACAAAAUAGCCGCUGCGCGGAAGAAGCUAAGAGAAUUCCAAGCUGCUAAGGCUAAAAGACAGUUAGAUGAAUCAUACGUCAACCAAACUCAUGGCUUCAACGUUUCAGGGACUGGGGACUAUCAAACCAACUUUUUAUCACAACGCGAAGAUAAUCACUUCAUAUUACCCGUUGAUAAUUGUCAGGCGAUUCAACUUGAGCAGAAAGAACAAUAUGAACACGGAUUUAAUUUAUCACAUGUAAACGUCAGUGAAAAUUGUGCGAAUACUUCAAUCUAUCAACCACAACCUCCAUCGAGUGUGACAGUACCACAGAAUAAUGAUAAUGCAGUUGUAUCACUUACUGACUAUUUUAGUAAUUCUACUCCCUAUUCUUAUCCUCCAUCACUUCAGCCUCUGCCUAAUAAUAAUAAUGAUAAUCAAUCCGUUCCUUAUAGUGAAAAUGGUCAAGGUGUUGUUUUACAUGACUUGACAAUUCAUUCGAAUCUCACUUAUAAAGAUCAGUUUGUUGCUUCGUCUCCUACCUCAUUGUCAUCUGCAUUUGAAGUACCUAGUGGAAUUAUAAAUCAAAGCGUUUCAAUGACUGACAAUACUGAGUACCUCAGUUAUUGUAUGUAUAAUGCUAAUAAUAAUAAUGAUAGUAAUAAUAAUAAUAUGCCUGCUAAUAUGGAACUUGGCAAUCAGCAGAGCAAACUGGAUCCUAACGAUCUCACUGUUUUUCCAACAUCGUAUUAUCAUCCUUCUUCGGCGUCUGUAAAUAAUGUAAAUAAUUAUAAUCAAGCAAAUAAUACACUUGGACAGUCAUCUUAUCCACAAUCUGGUGUUGAGGAAGAGGAGGAAGUGAUAAACAAUAUGCCUACAGCUGCUACUGAGAAACUUUUACAAUUAACUCGUCAAUUAGAUGGUAUAUUAGAAGAAUCAGACCGUUUAACUAGUUCACUGCAUACCUCAGGUGCUACUAGCCCAAUAAUGAACGAAUUUACUUCAAACCAUGAAUUAAAAAACACUAAGAUGUCACCGUCUUCAUCAUCAAGUUUGCUAGAAUCAUAUCAUCAUUCUGAAUCCUGUCGACAAUACUGUCAGCAAACUGGUGAAUCACAUGAUCAAUUGACAAAGGAUUAUUCACAUUGUUCACCGAAUUCUUUAUUAUCUAGUGAAUCAUCUCAAAUGUCUAUGUGUCAAAAUCAUUUAGUAAGAGAACUUGAAGAAAGAAAUGUUGAAUUAGCUUCAAUGUUAGAAAAACGCAAUCGAGCAUAUGAACAUCUAAAAGUUAAACUGGACUUAAUGAAAGAUCAAUAUGAACGUCGAUUGACUGAUUUAAGCAGUGAACGUACAAAUUUACAAAAUAUUUCUCAACGAGACUUGGAGAAAACCAAAGAACAAAUUAAAGCACACGCUAAAACUAUUGGAAUUUUAGUUGCUGAAAAAACUGAACUUCAGUCACAAGUGACGCACUUGGAUAAUUUAGCUGGACAACGAUUGCGAGAGAUCGAAGAAGUCAACUCUAAGUUAAAAGCAUCACGUCAACAGAUUUUAGAUUUGGAACGUAACUUAUCAGAGAGUAAUGCAACUAUGAAUAGCUUACAAACUGGUAACAAUGAUCUACAGAAUCAGAUUACAUGCCUUCAGAAGAAAAUAAAACACGAAGAAAUUGCGCGCCGAGAUCUUGAGUGUGAAUUAGCUGAAACAAACUCUCGAUUAACAGCCAAAUCAUGUGAGUUAGCUCAAACUGGAAUAAGUUUAAAGGAAUUAAAACAGCAACUUGAAUUCUCACAAAUUUAUGCUAAUCAAUUAUUGAACACAACAAAUAGUUUAGUGUGUUCGGAAGAUAAAAAGUAUUCUGAGGAAAAAGAAGAGUGGUUGUCAGAACGUGCUGAUCUACAGAAUCGAUUGAAAGUGCUUGAAUUGUCAUUAUCUUCGAUGGAUACAGAGAAGAAACAGUUAGAUUCUCAGUAUCAUAACUACGUUGCACAGGUUGAACAAGAGGCAAAUGAUUUACGUUGUCAAUUAUCUGAAACGAAUAAAUUAAAACAAGAAAUGGAAUUGUCAUUGGAAUCAGUUAGUCGACAAUUACGUGAGAAAGAUAAUGAAAUCAGUGAUUUAACAUGUCGUUUGAAUUCGAUUCAAAUAAUUCCUACUCCAUCGACUGUUCAAAGUAAACCGUUAACAUCAUCAUCUGUUGAAGAACAAAAUGUCAACUCUACAGUUAUUGACCAACAAUUUUUGGAGCAAAUAGAAAUGUUGGAAACUCAGUUAAAAAGUCGUACAGAAGAGUUAGAAAAUGCAAAUGUAGAAGUACGUCGAUUAACUGUUCAAUUAUCUACAUUUGAGGAAACUGUUGAACAGUUACAAAAUUCGUUAGCUGAUCGUGAUGUUGUUUUAGCUACAGCCACAUCGGAACGAAGUGCCUUAAGUCGAGCUGUGGAACAAAAUAAGAAUUUAAAACAACAAUUAUCUGAUUUACAAACUGCAUACACGCAAAUGUGUAAUAAUUAUCAAUCAGAAAUUAAGUCUUCCAAUGAAAUGAAUUAUGCCUUAUCUAAACAAAUUGAACAUUUGAAUAUUUUGCAAAUGGAAAAUCAAAAUCAAUCCGAAAAUAUAAUUAGUUGUACUAUAUUGUCAAUUGAUAAUGCAACACAAACUGACGAUAGUUCUGUUGUACACGAUCAGCAUUUGACCGUGAAUGAUUGUACUGUAACUGAAUCAUCUUCACAACGACUACAACAACAACCAAUAGACAACAUGGGAAAAGAACAAAAUACUAAUCUAAGUCAACUAACAGAUGAGGUUGUAUUGUUAAGAAAUUUGUUCACGCGUGUUUCUGUAAUGUGUCAGUGGUUUGAACAUGGAAAUGGAAAAAUCAAUGAACCUGACAAAUUAAACGAUCCAGUUUCUUGUGUUAAUCUAUUGGAAGAAUCCAUUCAAAAUUUAGUGGGUAAAUAUUCUUCAAAUGUAAUAGACAAUGCUGUACAAUGUUCAAUGUGUAUGGAACAAAACGAGUUAACAUCACAUGUUGAAGAGUUACAAAAUCUCCAGGUUGCUCAUACACAAUUGGAAGCUAAAUUUCUGAAAUGUAUGGAAAAGCUUAGUUCUGUUACAGAGGAACGCUGUACAUUAGAACGUGUAAAUGCUCAACUAGAAAUGGAAGCUGCAACAGUUGAAGAAUAUGUAAUACUUUUUACGCAUCGACGUGCUGCAGCCGCCAAACGUGCAAAAAUUCGUGAACUAUUACUUCAACGUUUAGUGGAGGACAGAAAACGUUUACGUAAUCGUUUGGAGAAACUUUUUUCACAAAUAAAUCCAGUAUACAUUGAGAAUGGUUAUGUGAACGGUCAAACAGAACUUGCGAAACAGCAGGCAGACACAAUACCGAACGAUUUAAAUUAUCUAGGAGACAGAUUCCUCAAUGAAUUUCACUCUUUCAUUGAAGAAAUUGAACUAUCCACUGAUGAAAAGGAAUUCGAAGCUGGUGUAUCCGAUUUAAACGAUGAAGAUAUAGGCGAUGAAAUGGAAAAUCUAACUGACAAUAAACUAGUUUCUGAUCUCAGUACAAAUGAUGUUAUUCAGAAGCAUCAUAUUUCACAUUUAACAUUGGAAAAUUUACGAUAUCAAGCUCUACGUCAUGACUGUCCACAUUGUAAAUGUUGUGUCGGUACAUUAUUAGAAGUGUAGUAGUACUUGUCCUUAUACUUGUAUUCAAUCAAUUUCAGUCUUUCUCAUUCUCCUUAUGUCUUUCAUCAGAAAACGAUCACUUUGACUUCAACUUUUUCUUUGAAAUUUGAUUUAUGUUUUGAUCAUCUGUACAGAUCUUUUCUCUUUAAUAUAAUAAGAAUAAUUAUUAGUACUACUAAACUAUGAACC